AUGAACAGUACGGAAUCAUGGAAGGUUGGUGGUCUCCCAUGCAAGAACAACAGCUUCGUUAUUGCGAGGGGUUGGAUGAUGUUCUGCCGGGAGAACAGUCUCAAGGAAGGUGACAUCUGCACCUUCAACAUUGUUGAAACCACACUGUGGCAUGUCGUUAUCACACAUAAUAAGGAUAGUCCUUCUUCCAGUAGGAAAUUAUGCCGUAGCAAGCCUAAGAGGAAGAACGACGUGUCAAGUAGUGAAGGACAAAAGAGUCCAGAAGGCUUGAUGACUUCUUCGAAGAAGGUGUCGCCAAAGACAAGAUGUGUUUUUGAGAUUGGACCGGCAGCUUGGAUAAAGAAGGAGAUCAAUAACAGUGCAAUUGAAAACUAUCUUUAUUUGCCAUAUGCCUUUUGUGAUGCAAUUGGACUACGGGAACCUCGCACCAUCACGCUGAAGACCUCAAUGAGCAACACCAGGUCUUGGCAGGUGCUUGUUGUCCCCAACAAGAAUAGCAGCCACUAUGUUCGGGGUCUGGAUUGGAAGAGGUUCUGCGAGGAGAAUGAGAUCAAGAUUACAGGUUUAUCAACUAGCUGGCUUACAGAGUAA